AUGGCACUGUGGCACUUCGGUAUUAUGGCACUGUGGCCUUUGUCUCAUGGCACUGUGGCACUUCUGGUAUUAUGGCACUGUGGCACUUUUGGUCUCAUGGCACUGUGGUACUAUGGCAUUAUGACGUCUGGAAAUCAGGGCAUAGACCCACCCAUUGCUGUGCCUCGAGGGCUGGAUGUGUCACAGGGAAUACCUAAUUCGCGUACACCACUUGUGAGAUAUAAUGUGCAGUAUCCCCCAGAGAUUAGUGUUCCGUAUCCCCCAGAGAUUAGUGUUCAGUAUCCCCCAGAGAUUAGUGUUCCGUAUCCCCCAGAGAUUAGUGUUCAGUAUCCCCCAGAGAUUACUGUUCCGUAUCCCCCAGAGAUUAAUGUUCAGUAUCCCCCAGAGAUUAAUGUUCAGUAUCCCCCAGAGAUUAAUGUUCAGUAUCCCCCAGAGAUUAGUGUUCCGUAUCCCCCAGAGAUUAGUGUUCCGUAUCCCCCAGAGAUUAGUGUUCAGUAUCCCCCAGAGAUUACUGUUCAGUAUCCCCCAGAGAUUAAUGUUCAGUAUCCCCCAGAGAUUACUGUUCAGUAUCCCCCAGAGAUUAAUGUUCAGUAUCCCCCAGAGAUUAAUGUUCAGUAUCCCCCAGAGAUUAAUGUUCAGUAUCCCCCAGAGACGGGUGUACAUUAUCCCUUUGAGACAAAAUACAAUAUCUCUGUCCCAGUCACUCCCCGUCACUCACGAGAGAGUAUGAGAACGGGGGAGAAGCGUCACAUCAGAGACCAAGACGUAUCGUUCUAG